AUGCAGCCCCAGCUGCCCAACGAGCUCGUUGACAUGAUCUUCGACCUCGUCUGGCGCACGUUCAUUCCCACCAUCUCUUACGACCCAUCCCGCUACAGCUCCCCCAAACAGCACGCCCUCGAAGCAAGGCUCCGCUGGUCCUCCUUCGGCCGUCUCUGCCAGGCGUCGCGCCAGUUCAAGGCUAUCGUGGAGGACCUCGCACGUCGCACCAUCAUCAUCGAGUACGAGGAAGACUUCACGAUGCAUCACAAGCUCGCUUCGGCUGCCCUGAAUCGGGAAGGUGCUCCUCUGCUCACAGAGCUCUUCAUCACCAUCCCGUUCCUCCAACAGACAGAGCUACCCCCAGCCGUCCUCCUUCGUGAGCGCAUCUUCGACUUCAUGGCCACCUGCCGCUCCCUCUCCGUGCUCCUCAACCGCUCGCACGUCUCCAAACCCGGCUUGUGCGAGAUCCAGCUGGCGUUCGACUGCCUCUCCCGGGCCCAAGGCGCUUGCCGAGACGUCCACCUCGUUUGGUUGCACCCCCACCGCGCACGGUUCUGGCUCCCGACCACCCUCGUACCCGCGCCCGCCAUCCUCUCCCCCGCCGCCUUUCAAGGCGCCGUCACGCCGCAGUACCCCGGGGUCCGCUCCCUGCGCCUGGCGAACUACCCGCGGUGCACGUGCCCGUGCGUCGGCGGGCAGCGCGGUGGGGCCGGCGGCGCCGGGCACGUCCCGCGGUGCCUCUCGCACCUGCUCCCGACGCUCUUCUCCGAGCUCGAGCGCGUCCACUUCGAGACGCCGUGCUCGCUCAAGCACGUCGUCCUCCCCCCGGCGGUCGCGCGCCUCGAGAUCGACGCCCCGCCCCAGUGCGGGCGCGCGAGCGGGAGCCUGGUGUUGUGGAGCUUGGCUUCCGCGGUGAACGGGGGGCUAAUGCGGAUGCAGGUUGAGGAGGAGGAUUGGGCGUGGAGGAAGAAGCUUAUUGUGGUGAACACGGGCCCGCUCGAGCCCGACGGAUGGGCGGUGGCGAUGGCGGCGUGCGAGAAGGCGAGAAUCGGGUUGGAGCGCCGUGCCGUGUACAAGAUAGGAUCUGGGACCACGAUCGAAGCUGUACAAUGA